AUAAAUUUUUCUUCUGCUAUAAAAUGCCAAAAUUUCUCGGCCUAGGGUUUGUUCUUUAGAGGGUUCUCUCGCUUCUGUUCCGAUUUCCUCACCCUCGUCCCCGAGCUCAGCAUCAGGAGUCAAGAUGCCGUCGCAUAAAACCUUGAAAAUCAAGAAGAAGCUCGCGAAGAAGAUGAGGCAGAACAGGCCCAUCCCUCAUUGGAUCCGCAUGAGGACCGAUAACACCAUCAGGUACAAUGCAAAACGUAGGCACUGGCGCCGCACAAAGCUAGGGUUUUAAGGUGUUGCGAGCUGCCCCCUUUCUGGGUCAAAUUAGAGUUGUAGGUCUUGCAAGAGAAUGGCAAGUUACUGUUUAUUGUAAUUCGUUCGUUAAUUAAUUGGGAACUCUAACGAGUCCCUGAACCAGAUUUUGUUGCGAUUGAUGUUUGUCUCUUUGUUGCGGAAUAUUUUGAACAAGAGGGUUAGUUCAAUUUUAUAAUGGCUUUGGAAGAUUGUUUGUUUUGAA